AUGGCUCUCAGAUCUUAUGAACAAUUCGUCACAGACCAAACUAAGCCAGUGCCUGCUGUUGUUACCACUGACUUGAGCAGGAAGACGAUCAUCCUUGCUGGUGCUAAUGCUGGUUUAGGAUUCGAGGCUGCAAAGCAUUUCGCUAGGAUGAACCCUGCACGAUUGAUAUUGACCACAAGAGAUGAAGCAAAGGGAAAGAAAGCCCUGGCCAAGAUCCAAGCUAGCACUGGCUACACCAAGGCAGAGUUCUGGAUCCUCAAUCUUGCUAAUUUUGGCAGCAUUGUUGCAUUCGCUGACAGGGCUGACCGGGAACUGGACCGACUGGAUAUCCUCGUGGAGAAUGCUGGCAUUGCAACAUGGGAGUAUGAGCAAGUGGAGGGCUGGGAGAAAACAUACAUGGCCAUCCAUACAAACAACCUCGGUCCCGGCUUACUUGCUAUUCAUAUGAUUCCCAAGAUGCUCGAGACUGCUCACAAGCAUUUGGUCAACCCGAGACUUGUCAUCGUCGCUAGCGACAUACACUAUUGGACCACGAUUGAAAAGGAUGUCAUCGCUUCCCUGGGCAUCCUCACGAAGCUGUCAGACAGGGAGUAUUCCACAGAGGAGGUAAUGAAGCACCGAUAUCAUGAUAGCAAAUUGCUCAACGUUCUCUUUGCUCAAGCUCUGCAACUCCAUGUGCCAUCUUUCCCAGCUAUCACUGUCAACUCUGUUACUCCUGGGCUCUGUUUCUCGAACAUCAGAUCUGGUGCCCCUGCCAAGGAGGCAGAACACUUGCAAAAGAUACGAGAAGAACUGGGGUUUACUACUGAAGAGGGUAGUAGGCAGUUGGUGUAUGCUGCUGUAGGCUCUCUGGAUGACGAGGAGAAGCUUCGCAGAAAGUACAUCAAUAGGUCUGAGGUCGUGGAGGAGAGCGACUUUGUGAUCAGCAAGGACGGGAAGAUCAUCCAGGAUAAAGUUUGGGACGAGAUGCUGAAGAUCUUUGGAAAAAUUGAUCCCAAGGUUGUUGCGAUAUGCCGAAGUCAUCUGUAG